AUGAAGGUAGGAAAGUCGGAGGUGAAUGGUGAUGAUGAUGAUUUGCAGGUACAACUAUUUAUGAAGACUCAUUCGGUUGCUCAUGUGACUAGCGUUUCUGUUAUCAUUACACAGUUCCUAGUCGGCUUAGCAUCUUUACCUAGUUCCUGGUACAUCUACCGGGGCCAGUCAAGCGUGGGGUAUCCUUUGAUACCUCACUUGAUCGAGUUGUUCCCCUCUGCUAUGCUGAUGUACUACGACAUUCUUAAGGGAGUUGCAAAGCCUAUAGAGAUCGGCUUGGAUGUCUUCCGGUGCAUGGCUGAAGUCGUGUACAUCAUCACGUACAUGUACUUUGCUGUGCACAAUCAUAGGAUUCGAGCUAUAAAAUUGGCGAGCAUUUUGGUAGUAUGGUUAGCUGCAUGUACCAUCGCACCGUACAUCUGGAGUAGAGGCGAUCUGAGGAUUGAGAUCGUAAUUAUCAUUUAUACCGUUGGGUGGUUGGUGGCGAUCUUGGGACCGUUAGGCCACACGCGGGAACUAAUCACGACACAGAAUCUGAACAUGUUUCCAAUCGUUCUAACAUUCUUCCAAACACUAGAUGGGAUAGUAUAUUCGAUUCUAAAUGUCAUUGGAGCAGUUCUCGGAGUGGUACAAAUCAUGUUGUAUCUAUAUUUCUAUAUUAGACAACAUGGUUUGCCCCAGCUACAGGAGACCGACAUAGAGAUGCAGCAGAUUUUACCCGAGUCGGAUUCAGACUCGGAUUCAGAGCUACACGUGCUUCCAUCUCCACCGGCCGAGCAGGGUUUGCCUCAACUGGAGGAGGCCGAUAUAGAGACACAGGAGAUUCUACCCGAGUCGGACUCAGACUCGGAUAUAGAGCUGCCUCUGCUUUCAUCUCCACCGGUCGAGCCUAUGGCUUCUCUACCGGCCGAGGAAGUGCCAGUGGCCGAGCCUAUGGCUCCACCACGAGUCGAGGACGUGGCUCCUCCACCAGCUCCUCCAAUGCCCGAGGCGAUCAUCUUCUUUCUUGCAUUGGCUAUUGUGAUGACAUUUGGGAAAUUGUUUCUUUCCUAG